AUGGCCAGGGAUACAGAGCUCUCGGCAAACGAACGCUCAUUUAUUCUUGAGGCCUUGCAUAACAAUGUGCGCCUUGACGGUCGAGCCUUGGAUCAAUUUCGUCCCCUCAACCUUACCUUUGGCGACGAGUAUGGGCACGUGAAGGUCCAGCUCGGGAGGACGAGUGUAAUUGUUCGCAUAUCCGCCGAAGUGACAGCACCCCGCCCCGAGCGAGACAGCGAUGGCAUUUUUACUGUGUCUAUUGAACUGAAUGAUAUGGCUCUCCCGGGAUUCGAGACAGGGCGACAAUCGGACUUGGAGACGCAACUCUCCCGUACGCUAGACAAAAUUGUGCGUCGAUCGAAUGCUCUGGACACAGAAUCAUUGUGCAUAGCGAAGGGUCUAAGCUGCUGGAACGUCCGAGCGGAUGUUCACAUCGUUGACGCCGAUGGCGGCUUGGUGGACAUUUGCUGCCUUGCCAUCAUGGCUGGACUUCUCCAUUUCCGCAUCCCUGAGUCGACCGUCAGUGAUGGGAAGGUAACUGUUUAUUCUCCCGAAGAGAAAGUGCCGGUGCCUCUUAAUCUCACGAAGGUGCCAUUAUCCAUAACCUUCAACCUGUAUGAUGAAGGCAAAAUCACGCUCAUGGAUGCAACUUCAAGCGAGGAGGCUGUUAGCGAGGGUGCUGUCAUUAUCGCCUUGGACAAAACGGGCGAAAUAGCCCUCUACACGAAAGCUGAAGGAACACCUGCAGACCCCCUAAACAUGGUUGCUUGCUCUACGGCCGCUUUGGCGAAGGUCAGAGAUCUGAACGCCCUUGUUCAAAAGAGGUUAGGAGAGGAUUCGAAGAAGCGGGAUCAAAAGGGACUGCGUGCUGAGUCGAGCGCAGCGAAUGAGAGAUGA